GGAGUGAGUACUUCAAUACCGAGUGCGCUAGAUGUUACACCACAAAGUACUGCAACACGUAUCGCUGAUGAUGCACCUGAGCAGGUAGUACCUCGUCGUAGUGGAAGGGUUGUCCGACAGCCCGAACGGUUCAUUGGUCUGGAAGAGUCUUCUGAGGCGGUCCUGGACGUUCUUGAAUCCGACCCAUGGACAUACAAUGAGGCACUCCAAGAUCGGGACGCAGAGUCUUGGCAAAAGGUGAUGAAAUCUGAAAUAGAGUCAAUGGACACUAAUCAGGUCUGGGAUCUUGUAGAGCCACCCAGUGGCGUUCGCGCCAUUGGAUGCAAGUGGGUCUAUAAGAGAAAAAGAGGAGCAGAUGGGAAGGUUGAGACCUUCAAAGCUAGGCUUGUUGCGAAAGGGUACACUCAGAAAGAAGGGAUCGAUUAUGAGGAAACCUUUUCGCCGGUAGCCAUGCUUAAAUCCAUCAAGAUUCUCUUGGCUGUGGCCGCUCAUAUGGAUUAUGAGAUUUGGCAAAUGGAUGUUAAAACUGCUUUCCUUAACGGGAAUUUUGACGAGGACAUCUAUAUGCAGCAACCAGAAGGAUUCAUUACAAAGGGCCAAGAGCAUCUGGUCUGCAAGCUGAAGAGGUCCAUUUAUAGGCUGAAGCAGGCUUCGAG